AUAAGCAUAACCUAAGUUUCAGAUUUUCAACAUUUUUAAGGUUUCAAGUUUCAACAUUUUAACAGCGAUAACAACUAUUUAUGCAUACAAGUUGAAAAAUAUUGUUUCCUAGUUUAAAGGCAUCCGCUCCCGCAUCCAUGAGUUAUUUAUCCUUUGAAUCUUGAUGUAAAAGAGUUUUUCAGAUAAUGAGUUAUUAUAUAGUUAUAAGAGAGAGCAGUGAUCAAGACAGGCCUUUCAUAUCUGAAGUUGUACUGAAUGCUUACUCUUCCAACAUAAAGAACACCUGGUUGAAUGCUUUAUUCAAUGAAGUCACAUACCAGACUAUGGUGUUAGUUUUUGCUCUACUGUUUAUAUGUUUUGGUGUGCCCCUUUUUUACUGCUUCUCAUCAAUCCCCUUAGUAUUAUUAAGUUUGUAUGUAAUAAUUUAUGCAACAGUUUUGAUGAAAGCUACACAAGUUAUGCAUGAAAAAAAGCCUCUGAUGUGCUGGGUUGCAGAAGCAUAUGAACCAUACUUCUUUAUGAAAAAUCCAGAAAAUUGCUGGUAUAAGAUCAUCACUGAAGAUGAUACUGAAGCUUCAGAGAUCAGGAAAGAGGGAUAUCAGAGGAAGAUCAUUGGCACAAUAGCUGUGAUGCGACAUUUGCAAAGAGAUGACUGGGCAUGGCUGUUUAGGCUGGCUGUUGACCACAGAUAUCAUAGAAAAGGAAUAGGUCUGAAAUUGAUACAAAUGGUUCAGAAUUGGUGCAAGACUAAUCAAUUCAACAAUAUAGAGUUAGUAAUGUCAGAAUGCCAAGAAGGCUCCAGAGAUUUAUUUGAUGUUGCAGGGUUUCAUAUAAAGCAGUUAUAUCACAAGAAAUUAUUCACCAGUGCAGUUACUUUGCAAAUGUUCCAGUUGAGGUGUGAGGUUAGAUCAACUUUCUGAAAUUUGCUCUUUAUAAAACAUCAGGAGCUUAUCAAGUGACUUUUAUAUUAGAAUAAGAUGAACAUGUAAUUCUUGAAUAAUAUAUCUGAUAUGAAAGAAUAUUGAUAUUUUACCUCUACCCAAACCUUACCUAUAGUUUGGUUCAGCAAUC